CCUGGACAUGUUUUAGUGAGAAGGCAAGCAGUCUAUAACAAUACCAAUAGUAGGUUUAUUUGAGGUUCUGCCCUUCUUAUAAACUGUUUUUUAAAACCAGGAUUAAAGAUGGCUGUUGCACAGAGCUGUAUAAAGAGGAGGGAGGACCAUGCCUGAGAAGAAAUCCUGGAGUUCAGACAGCCGUCCCAAAUGUGGCAUCCGCAGCUGGAGUGUAGACAGCUACGUGUGGAGCAGCAAGAAACACUCCCAGAGUUCCCGGAAAACCCCCGGCCUUUGGGGUCCGGAGGGGGAGGGACCGAUGGAUGAGCAGGGGGUGCGUUCCACCUCGUGUCCGUGGCGACGGCGAGAGAGGAAGUGUAGCUGCACCGUCUUGGGGGAAAUCGACACGGACGUCCCCUGUUGAAAAGCCCUUUCUCGACGCUCCCUCCGGCAGAAGUUCCAGGAUGCGGUGGGUCAGUGUUUCCCUCUCCGUAAUGGCCACCAUCACCACCACGGCCACUCAACAGAGUCCUCCAGGGGGGCUUUCUCUGUGCUCCUCUGGUCCAAGCGCAAGAUCCACAUCUCGGAGCUCAUGCAGGACAAGUGUCCCUUCUCACCCAAGUCGGAGAUGGCUCACUGCUGGCACCUCAUUAAGAAGCACGCCAGCCACCCCAGCACCAUCGUGGGCCUAGAGACUGCCCAAGCUGCUCAGGCUUCCCAGGCUGCCAGCAAAGAACAAUUCCCUUCCACAUCCUCGUCUCCGCCUUCGAUGCCUCUUUCCUGGGAGGGCAUUUGCUCAAGUAGGCCCCUGAGCCUUGAGGACUGGGACCCGUCCUGUCCACAAGGUGGAGCAGCCCAUGGUGACAGCUAUACCGACUACAUCCUUGUCCCGGACCUCCUCCAGAUCAACAACAGCCCGUGUUACUGGGGCGUGCUUGACCGCUUCGAAGCCGAGGAGCUCCUGGAGGGCCAGCCAGAGGGCACCUUCCUCCUGCGCGACUCGGCCCAGGACGAAUUCCUCUUCUCAGUCAGCUUCCGCCGCUACAGCCGUUCCCUCCAUGCACGCAUGCAGAACGGCAAGCGCUUCAGCUUCGACGGACGCGACCCGUGCAUGUCGGACCCGAGUGUCACGGGCCUGCUCCGGAACUACAGCGACCCGGCCACAUGCCUUUUUUUCGAGCCCCUCCUUGCUCUCCCCCUGCCCCGGACUUUCCCCUUCACCCUGCAACACUUGUGCCGCGCCGUGAUCUGUAGCUGCACUACGUACCAAGGCAUUGAUAUCCUUCCACUUCCCUAUCAGCUCAGGUACUAUCUUAGACAGUACCACUACAUGUGCAAUGGGGCUUGUGCAGUGUAGAAAAAUUAUAAUUACCUACUAUCAUUAUUGUCCCAUGGGUUACUACUCUUCCAUAUUGACAAUGAUUUAUCAGUUUUCAGAGACCUGUGAAGAUCCUUCCUGCAGUCGCAAGAUGGUUGCUUUGUAGACUUUUUCAUUUCCUUGUGGGAAAAUGUAAUCGGACACACAAGAGACUUGAAUGGGUGUGGGAGGGAGAGUGAGAUGAUUUGAAUGAAUGUCAGAGUGAAUGAUUGCAUUAUUACAGAAGCUAUGAGGAAGUACACAUCUGGUUUAAAAACUAUCUCAUCUGGACAAAUGUAACAUCCCAAUACAAUAAUCAUUGCUGUGUUAUGGAGAGACAAAUAUUUGGCAGCGAUUACUGCCUUCUUACAGUAACUUAAUGAGCGAUAACACUCAGAAACACUUUUAGUAUGUACAUUUACACAUUUAAUGCAAUAUGUGAGGACAGUUUAAAAGUGGUUACAUGGCCGUCCAACACAUAGUCCUUGUUUUUAUACAGAACUUUGGGAUUUUCAGUCUUGUAACUAGAGGAUGCAGAGGGCUGCAGUCUUAUCUAAGGCCACAAGAUGGCAAUAUAAAUGCACUAUUCACACUCAUGGUAUGUUUACAGAUGCAUUACAAGUGGGUUUGUCUUGGUUGCCACAACAUUUCAUUGUUUUUUUCAGUCCCAGAAAAGUACAUACAGUGCCUUCAGAAAGUAUUCAUACCCCUUGACUUUUUCUGCAUUUUGUUGUGUUACAAAGUGGGAUUAAAAUGGAUUUAAUUUAAAUUUAUUUGUCAGCGAUCUACCUGAAAUAACCUGUAAUGUCAAAUGGAAGAGAAAUUAUAUAUAUUACCGUUCAAAAGUUUGGGGUCACUUAGAAACGUCCUUGUCUUUGAAAGAAAAGCUCAUUUUUUGUCCAUUAAAAUAACAUCAAAUUGAUCAGAAAUACAGUGUAGACACUGUUAAUGUUGUAAAUGACUAUUGUAGCCGGAAACAGAUGAUUUUUAAUGGAAUAUCUACAUAGGCGUACAGAGGCCCAUCAUCAGCAACCAUCACUCCUGUGUUCCAAUGGUACGUUGUGUUAGCUAAUCCAAGUUUAUCAUUUUAAAAUGCUAAUUGAUCAUUAGAAAACCCUUUUGCAAUUAUGUUAGCACAGCUGAAAACUGUUGUCUGAUUAAAGAAGCAAUAAAAACUGGCCUUCUUUAGACUAGUUGAGUAUCUGGAGCAUCAGCAUUUGUGGGUUCGAUUACAGGCUCAAACUUUCUUCUCAAACUCGUCAGUCUAUUCUUGUUCUGAGAAAUGAAGGCUAUUCUUCAACUGGCAGCUUCAUUAAAUAUAGUACCAGCAAAACACCAGUCUCAACGUUAACAUUGAAGAGGCGGGUCUGCGAUGCUGGCCUUCUAAGCAGAUUUGCAAAGAAAAAGCCAUAUCUCAGACUGGCCAAUAAAAAUAAAAGAUUAAGAUUGGCAAAAGAUUACAGACACUGGACAGAGGAAGAUUGGAAAAAAAGUGUUAUGGAGAGACAAAUCUAAGUUGGAGGUGUUCGGAUCACAAAGAAGAACAUUUGUGAGAAGCAGAAAAAAUGAAAAGAUGCUGGAGUUCUUGAAGCCAUCUGUCAAACAUGGUGGAGGCAAUGUGAUGGUCUGGGGGUGCUUUGGUGGUGGUAAAGUGGGAGAUUUGGACUUGAAGAAUGAAAGCUAUCACUCCAUUUUGCAACACCAUGCCAUACCCUGUGGAUGGCGCUUAAUUGGAGCCAAUUUCCUCCUACAACAGAACAAUGACCCAAAGCACAGCUCCAAACUAUGCAAGAACUAUUUAGGGAAGAAGCAGUCAGCUGGUAUUCUGUCUAUAAUGGAGUGGCCAGCACAGUCACCGGAUCUAACUGCACUGUCCAAUUUACAGUAGCAAUUACAGUGAAAGAAUAUCAUGCUAUUGUUUGAGGAGAGUGCACAAUUAUGAACUGAAAAUGUAUGAAUAAACCAUUAAGGCACAUUUGGGCAGUCUUGAUACAAUAUUUUGAACAGAUAUGGAAUGGUUCAUUGGAUCAGUCUAAAACUUUGCACAUACACUCCUGCUAUCUAUGGGCCAGCAUCUAAAUUGUCCUCGGGCUGGAAUACUACAUUAUGGCCUUUCUCUUGCAUUUCAAAGAUGAUGCUAUAAAAAAGCAUGUGUUUUUCUUUGUAUUAUCUUUUACCAUAUCUAAUGUGUUAUAUUCUCCUACAUUAAUUUCACAUUUACACAAACUUCAAAGUGUUUUCUUUCAAAUUGUAUCAAGAGUAUGCAUAUCCUUGCUUCAGGUCCUGAGCUACAGGCAGUUAGAUUUGGGUAUGUAAUUUUAGGCGAAAAUUUAUCCAUUUACCAAUAGGUGCCCUUCUUUGCGAGGCAUUGGAAAACCUCCCUGGUCCUUGUGGUUGAAUCCGUGUGUGAAAUGUGCUACUCGACUAAGGGACUGUACAGAUAAUUUCAUGUGUAGGGUACAAAGAUAAUGUCCAAUAAUGUUUGUACCAUGUUUUGUGCUGCUAUCAUGUUGUGUUGUUACCAUGUUGUUGUCAUGUUGUGUUGCUACCAUGCUGUGUUGUCAUGUGUUGCUGCCUUGCUAUGUUGUUGUCUUUAGGUAUCUCUUUAUGCAGUGUUGUGUUGUCUCUCUUGUCAUGAUGUGUGUUUUGUCCUAUAUUUAUAUGUUAUUUAAAAAUGUUUUUUUUAUCCCAGCCCCCUUCCCCGCAGGAGGUCUUUUGCCUUUUGGUAGGCCGUCAUUGUAAAUAAGAAUUUGUCCUUUAACUGACUUGCCUAGUUAAACAAAGGUUAAAAAAAUUAAAUAAUAAUAAUAAUAAUUAGGUAGUCAUUAAAAAAUAAUGUUAAACACUAUUAUUGCACAAAGAAUCCAUGCAACUUAUUAUGCAACUUAUGCAACUUAUUACUUAUUAUUUUACUCCCAAACUUAUUUAACCUUGCCAUUACAAAAGGGUUGAAUACUUAUUGACUCAAGACAUUUGAGCUUUUCAUUUAAAAAAAACAACAUAAUUCCACUUCGACAUUAUGGGGUAUUGUGUGAAGAUCAGUGGCACACAAUCUCAAGAUAACCCAUUUCAAAUUCAGGCUGUAACACAACAAAAUGUGGAAAAAGUCAAGGGGUGUGAAUACUUUCUGAUGGCACUGUAAAAUGGAUACUGUUUCAUGUUAGCACUUUUUAGAGAGGCCAGAUACCUCAUUAUUCUGAUAUAUUGAAUUAUGGUCUUCUUAAUAUUGUUUCCUCAAAAUGCUCAAAUUUUCAACCACCCAAACAACCUUUAAUAACAUUAAUUCCAAUUUCCCUACAUGGAUACUAUAUUCUACUUCCAAAUACAACCAAUAGAUGCUCCAUUGUCAAACCUCUUUUCUGUGACAUUAUUUUCUAUGUAGAACAGAUGGUCAAGAAAUAUAUAAUAUCUUAUUUUUGACUGACUAUCUUUGUUUUCUAAUCGAGAACCUGUUAUCGCAUCAACAAAGCACAUAUCCUUGCUCUACUAGAAAAGCACUUCUCACAUAAUACUUAACCAUGCCCUUACCACUGCUCAGUAAAAUAACUUAAUAGUAUGGUAAUAUUUGCCUUUCAAAUGUGGGAAAAAAAUUCAAAGUGCUCUCUGCAAAGAGCACCUUUGAAUGUUAUUGCAUUCCAAAAAGUGGGAGAGAUAAGAAAUAGAAGGCACUUUCUUCCUCUCUAUGCAAGACUAAUUCAGAUUUUGAAGUUGUUUGUUAAUUUACAAGUAAUUUAUUUUACACACUCUUAAUUAUUGCCAUUUGGCGAUAAGAUUGAUCCUCACCACCUUCUCAAAACGCAUUGGAGAAGAAAAUGCGAGGGGAGGGACCCAAUAUGGUUGAAAAAUAGGUGAGUAGAUAGGAUGCGAGAAAUCAUGGAAAGACACAUUGAAAUUCAGUCAGGGGCAGUGUGCCUAUUCUCCUCCCUUAUCCAUAAGCACAAUUCCCAUCGUGGAUUUAACAAUGAUGGAAGCUCCAAUCCAUGCUUUUAAACCUGAGCAUUUUCCUUCCUCUUCAGCAACUGAGUUAGGAAGGACGCCUGUAUAUUUGUAGUGACUGGGUGUAUUGGUACACCAUUUAAAGUGUAAUUAAUUAAUUAAUUAUAGCACCAUGCUCAAAGGGACAUUAGUGUCUACUUUUUAAAAUGUUUUAACCAUCUACCAAUAGAAAAUCAUGGAAAGACACAUUUAAAUUCAGUCAUGGGCAGCUUCCCUAUUCUCCUCCCUUAUCCAUAAGCACAAUUCCCAUCAUGGAUUUAACAAUGGCAAAAGCUCCCCCCCGACAAUGAUAACACCAAUCCAUUGCUGUUAAACCUGUGACGGGAAGUGUGCAAGUGCACACUUUGGGUGAAGUGUGGAGAAUCGUGAUGCUGACUAGAUGAUGGGGAAAAUAAAUAUGGUUUCUCAAUGGACAGAGGCAGGAGCCAUACUUUUAUUGAUCUUCCCAUACCACAGAAAUUAAAUAUGAAUGUGUCUCAGAGUAUCCAGUUAUCAUUGCAGUCAGACCCCAUCCAGAGUUUAACAUUGUAACACUGUAUUAAGGUAUCUUAUUAUAUACAGAAUUCAUUAAAUCACAGACGAUUCUGUGAUGGGAUUGUAUGUCUUUGGUUUUAGCUCAUUUGUAGUAAUCAGUCAACAUGGGCACACACACAAGCAAGCACACACAUUGCACAGGUUACUCACACACAGACACCCACACACAAAACUCACAAGCACACAGGCACACACACACAGGCUUUAUUGGAGACUAUUGGAUUUCAUUGCAGUAAUAUUUAGACACAGCUGUCUGCAGCAGCCUAUUUCCUGUUGUGCUUAUGAAAUUACUCCAGCGAGACACCUCUCAGCCAAUAGAAAGUAUACCAAGAUCAGAUUGUCUGGGCCACAUGGGUUUGUAAAGAGAUGACAGGUACUCACCAGUGGAGGCUGCCGAGGGGAGGAUAGCUCAUAAUAAUGUCUGGAACUGCGCCAAUUGAAUGGCAUCAAACCAUGGGGUUGACGUAUUUGAUAAGUUCCACUCAUUCUGCUCCAGCCAUUACCACGAGCCAGUCUUCCCCAAUUAAGGUGCUGUGGUCCUGUGGUACUUACAUAUUGUUGUUUGAUACACAUUUUAUUUCGUUGCCC